AUGCCCAAGGCCGUGCUGCUCCUGGUACUGUGGGCUUUGCUGGGGGAUCUGCCGGCAGCCGAGGGCCGGACAUCUCCCUAUGCAGUAAAGCUGUGUGGCCGAGAGUUCAUCCGGGCUGUCAUCUUUACCUGUGGGGGAUCUCGAUGGAGAAGGGCUAGGGCAGGGGAUGCCUUUGCUGAGGAGUUGGGCGGAGAGUCCCAGGAGACCUCUUCGAUUGAAUGGCUGUCCAGCCCCCUCUUGCCACUGUCCAGGGAGCCUGAAGACUUCUACAGCAGCGUGGGGAGCCCUAGCUGGUCUGGGGUGUCCAGGAGUCGGCCAGAGUCAGAGCCUGAGGCCAGACCUGGCCAGGGCUUCCUUCGAGGUGGUCGGGAUGUUCUAGCAGGUGUUUCUAGCAACUGCUGCAAGUGGGGCUGCAGCAAGACUGAGAUUAGCAGCCUGUGCUAG